AGGCUAUCGUUCGCUGUGUGCGCUCUGCUGUUUCUUUAUUGUGCUGCAAUCGGGACAGGAUGCAUUUGAGGAAAGAGAGAAUGAUCUAUCAAAAUCAGGCAGGACUGAGUGGUUGGCUAGCCGACAGUUUGCUGCCGUUUGAAGUGUGCUCCAACAGCAGCUGAAUGUUUGAUCCGUUCAACCCGAGAAAGCCGUUGUUGAUUCAGCUCCGCUCGGUUAAAUCUGGAGCGCGUCCGAUAAAGAACGCGGCAUCGCAGCAGCUGCUGGCAACCCAAGAUUGGGAAGGUAGUUACGGAGGUGCUUCCGGUGGAGAUGGGGGUGUUCCCGGCAUGGAGCCCGAUGGAAUCAUUGAAUCGAACUACGAUAAGGUGGUCGACAGCUUCGAUGAUAUGAAGCUGCGUGAGGAACUGCUUCGCGGCAUCUAUGCCUACGGCUUCGAGCGGCCCUCGGCUAUUCAGCAACGCGCCAUUCUUCCUUGCAUUGAAGGAAAUGAUGUCAUUGCACAGGCUCAAUCAGGUACUGGGAAAACUGCCACAUUCUCGAUCUCGAUCCUUCAACAGAUCGAAAUCGAUAACCCACAGUGCCAGGCUCUGAUCCUUGCGCCAACACGUGAGUUGGCUCAGCAGAUUCAGAAGGUCGUAAUCGCUCUUGGCGAUUAUAUGAGCGCGAAGUGUCAUGCUUGCAUUGGUGGUACGAACGUUAAGGAUGAUAUCAGAAACCUCGAGAAGGGUAUGCAUGUCGUCGUCGGCACCCCCGGCCGUGUCUACGAUAUGAUCCAAAGAAGGGCUCUGCGUACGGAUUCUAUCCGUAUGUUUGUCUUGGACGAGGCCGACGAAAUGUUGUCGCGUGGUUUUAAGGAGCAAAUCCAUGACGUGUUCAAGACUCUUAGUGACACGACACAGGUCAUCCUACUUUCGGCUACAAUGCCGUCUGACGUCUUGGACGUCACCAAGUGUUUCAUGCGGGACCCUAUUCGUAUUUUAGUGAAGAAGGAGGAACUCACCCUUGAGGGUAUUAAGCAGUUCUAUGUCAAUGUCAACAAAGAGGAGUGGAAGUUCGACACUCUGUGCGACCUCUACGAGACGCUGACGAUCACGCAAGCUGUGAUCUUCUGUAACACCCGCAGGAAGGUUGACUGGCUCACUGAUCAAAUGACCAAGAAAGAUUUCACUGUUUCGGCUCUUCAUGGCGACAUGUCACAGCACGAACGAGAGGUGAUUAUGCGAGCGUUCCGUUCCGGCUCUUCGCGUGUGCUUAUCACCACUGACCUACUUGCUCGUGGUAUCGACGUGCAACAAGUGUCACUGGUCAUUAACUUUGACCUGCCCACCAAUCGUGAAAAUUAUAUUCACAGAAUUGGUCGUGGUGGCCGUUUUGGCAGGAAAGGAGUUGCCAUCAAUUUCAUGACGGACGAGGACAAACGAACGCUCAAGGACAUCGAGUCAUUCUACAACACCGAAAUCGAGGAGAUGCCGGUCAACGUCGCUGACCUUAUUUAGGCUGUAGGAACAGAGAAGAGACCCCGCGGCGGAAGCGGCAGAGAGUGGGUUCGUUACGAUUACACGAGAAGAGCAAGAUCAACAUCUGCUGCAAAUAUACUUGGAGCGUAGGCGGGGCUGCAGUCGGUCGGCUUGACGUGGUUAGCCAACGUGUUUUACUCGCCUACGCCUUCACUUUUCCAAUCGAAUUUGAUGAGAACGGGCAAUUAGAUAAAUGGUGGACCACAUGAUGGAUAUAUACGGAUAAGAACAAAAAAUCAUACAAGCGCUGCCGGUGCUGAAAUAUAUAAAUAAGAAUAAAUUAAAAAAGAAAUCAAUUUAUUUUUGGUCAUCUGUUUCAACACUUCAGUUUUAUUUAUAUUAUUUUUAUUAUUGCUAUAAUUAUCCUUUUGUAAAUUUGUCAUCAUAUCUUCGUGAUAUCUCCUGUACGAAAACGUCCGGCCGUUGUUUCUUCUGCUGUCAGCUAUCUUUCUCGUUUUUCCUCCUUUAUUUAAGUUUUCCAUUUUAUCUUAUCUUCGGUGGUGAAGUAUGGUGCAACGUUACGGUCACUCAACAUAUACGACAAAAUUCAAAACAAAUCCUAUCACCGUGACUAUUUCGAUCGCAUGAUUCUUGUAAACUUACGGUCCGAGUUGACUCUAAAAGUUCACAGGAAAUAUUUGAUCGUACAACAAUAAAAGCUGCACAGAUGAAACAGAAAAGAAAUACAACGUUUCUCGAAAUCGACACGAAAAGUGUCGCUUACAAGAAAAUUCUCAUUUAACCGCUGUUCUCUGGUGUUUAUCACGAAUAUAGUAAUUUUCAAAUUAAGAAUGAUUAGCCCAAUGUCGCGCUAUAUUUCACCACCGAAACAGUAACGACAACAACAAUGGCAACAACAAAUCACAGAAGGAACACCGCGACAGCAACAAAA